CCUUCUUCAAGUCGUUUUCAACUCCCUCUCUCUCUCACAAAUCCCAACUGUUUCUCAGCCAUUACGACCGCCGCCACCGCCGCCAAAAAAUCUAUCUUCCCUUAGUUCCCAUCCAAUGACUUCUACAAACUCUUCCAACAACAACAGCAACUACGACAACAAUCACCACGACGACGACGACAACAACGAUGUUAUUCACUUUGUCUUGUUCCCUUUAAUGGUGCACGGCCACACCAUUCCCAUGGUAGACAUAGCGAAGCUCUUAACCCAAACCGCUCCGUCCAUUAGAGCCACCAUUAUGACGACUCCCCAAAACGCAGCUCGGCUCCGACACUCCCUCGCCUCUCAUCCCCGAAUCCAUCUCACUCUCCUCAAGACAUCUCAAGCCUGCCAGAAUAUAGACCAGCUCCCUUCCAUGAACCACUCCAUCCCUUUCUUGUCCUCUCUGGCCAAUGAGAUCCAACCCCAAGCCCUCGCCCUCUGCAAAGCCCUCUCCCCAAAACCCACAUGCAUAAUCUCAGACGUCGGCCUUCCAUGGACCCUCCACAUAGCUUCCCAUAUUGGGGUCCCUUGGGUGUCCUUCAAUGGAAGCUCGUGUUUUGGGAAUGUGGCUAUGUCCAAGAUCUUCGGGUCGGGGAUUUGCGAGAGCGUUGAGUCCGAUGGGGAGUAUUUUGUGGUGCCCGAGUUGGAGCAUAGAAUAGAGGUGUGCAAGGCUCAGUUGCCUAAUGGAUAUAUGAAUGAUGGGAUGAUAAAGUUCAUUAAGAUGAUGGGAGAGGCUGAGAGGAAGUCUUAUGGGAUGGUUAUGAAUAGCUUUGAGGAACUUGAGGGUUCUUAUGUAAGUGAGAUGAAGAAAAUAAAAGGGUAUAAAGUUUGGUGUAUUGGACCUGUUUCUUUGUGCAAUAAACACUAUGAGGAUAAAGCUCAAAGAGGCAAAGAAUUAAGAGGGGAGAAGGACAGCAGCAAUAAUGAUGAAGUUAUGAUAUGGCUGGACUCACAAGAUCCAAACUCAGUGCUGUACGUUUGUCUUGGAAGCCUACACAACUUAAAAACCCCACAACUAAUAGAAUUAGGGUUGGGGUUAGAAGCAUCAAAGAAGGCAUUCAUAUGGGUGGUGAGGGCCUCAAACAAGCUGGAAAAAUGGAUUGAAGAAGAGGGUUUUGAAGAGAGAAUGAAAGGAAGAGGGGUUAUCAUAAGAGAUUGGGCUCCACAGCUAUUGAUAUUAUCACACCCUGCCAUUGGGGGAUUCCUCACUCAUUGUGGUUGGAACUCAAUCCUUGAGGGCGUAGCUGCUGGCUUGCCAAUGCUCACUUGGCCUCUAUUCUCAGACCAAUUUCUGAAUGAGAAGUUGGUGGCUGAUGCUUUGAAUAUAGGUGUGAAAGUUGGUGCUAAAUAUCCAGCGAUGAAAAUGAAAGAGGAAGGCGAAGAAGAAGAAGAGGAAGAGGACUGGAUAGUAGAGGUGAGGAAAGAAGAUGUUAAGGAAGGCAUUGAAAGGGUGAUGGGGGAAGGAGAAGAAGCUGAGGAAAGAAGGAAGAGAGCAAGAGAAGUUGGGGUUAUGGCUAAUAAGGCUUUGGAAGAUGGUUGCUCUUCUCACCUCAACAUUGCAUUAUUCAUUCAUGAUAUACUGAAACCAAACAACAUUUCAACCUAA